AUGGAACAGCAGUUAUUUAUUAAGCUUUCCCAGCCACCAGUCAUUAUCUGCCGGUCCUGCCGCCAUGGGGUGUGGCUAGCUGAGGUAGAAAGCCAUCUCCGGGGGAAGGCCCAUCGAUUACCCCAGGCCACUGCAAAGCAGAUCCAUCAGGACGUCCAGAGCUGGGAGGGUGUGGAGCAUGACCCCCAUGCUGUGCAAUGGCCUAGUCGGAUUACCCAGUCAAUCCCCCACCUGGAUGAAUACCCUGAUGGGUUACUGUGCCAGCGCGACCAGGCCAGAUGCCAAUUCAUCACUCGUUCACUUAACACGUUAAAACGACAUUGGCGUGAGCACCAUGGAUGGACCGCACCAUAUCAUGGAGGUCGAUCACGCCUGCAAGAGCAGGAACAGGCGCAGAUCACCAUCCAGCAGGGAUAUCAGGUGGUGACCUGCCAGCGGUUUUUCCCAUCCCGAAAAGGGUCCCAUUAUAUCUGGGUGCCAUGCCCCAACCAGCAGCCUGAGGAGCAAGCCCGGACCGCACCCACUGCCCACAUCCAGGCCACCAUUGAUGCCGUGAUCCAGGCAUGGGAGCAGGUCCAGGCCCAGGCCAAGGCCGAUCAGGCCAUCCAAGCCAGCCAGUUGACUGACGCGAACCCCUGGCUGCGGAUGACUCGGUGGGCUGACUACCUGCAGGGCAUCCAGGCACGUGACCUGCUUGCUAGCAUGGCAGCCCCGGAGGAAGACCCCAUGGAUGCCACUGAGCAGGGGGUGCAGGUGAUCUGGGAUACUAUGGAGCAGGUGGCCCGCAAGAGCCAGCGGACGGUCCAGCAUUGCGGCCAGGCCAUCCGGGUGGAAGCCGUCCGGUCUGAAAAGGGGCAGACCCCGCACCGGCCACUGCUGGCAUAUAUAGAUGAGGCCGUGAUCAAGAAGCAUGUGCAGCCAUGGCAGCAGAUAUUAGCAUUUAUUGCCCGGACCCAGGCCCCGCAUGACUGGGCCAGCCCCCGAUAUGGGAUGACCGCACGGCAGCGCCAGAAAUGGCGGCAGCUAUGGCAGCUCGCUAGCCAGGCCCCAGGCAGCCAGGGCAGCCAGGCCGCAGUGCCAGGGGACCUAGAGGCAUGGGCCAUGACUGCUAUAGAAAAAGCAUGCUUAGAAUUUUGCAUUGAGCUGCUCAACCAGCGCCAUCGCAGCCAUGAAUAUGAGAGUGCAUUAGUAUGCGCCAUGGCUGUGCUGGGCCAGGGUGAGGCCGGCUGGCGCGACCCCGAGAGCUACCCCCCGAUAUUAUCCCGCGUGAUCAAG